UGUAGCUGGAAGAUUUGUGCUUUAGGCGUUAGAUCCUAGGUAACAGAUAUUACAUAUAAGACAUGUCCAAUCCGGCUCACGACCCUUUUUAUGCUUCUCCGUUCGGGCCCUUCUACCGGAGACACGCGCCGUACGCAAUGCAGCCCGAGUACCGGAUCUAUGAGCUGAACAAACGGCUGCAGUCCCGCACAGAGGAGAGUGACAAUCUGUGGUGGGAUGCUUUCGCUACUGAGUUCUUUGAAGAGGAUGCUACGUUGACCCUCUCCUUCUGCCUUGAGGAUGGACCAAAGAGAUACACAAUCGGACGGACACUAAUCCCUCGUUACUUCAGCACAGUGUUUGAGGGGGGAGUGACAGAUCUGUACUACAUCCUCAAACACUCCAAAGAGUCCUUCCACAACUCCUGCAUCUCUGUGGAUUGUGAUCAGUGCACCAUGGUCACACAACAUGGCAAACCCAUGUUCACAAAGGUGUGUACAGAGGGACAUCUGAUCCUGGAGUUUGCCUUCGAUGACUUGAUGAGGAUUAAGACGUGGCAUUUCACCAUCAGACAGUACCGUGAGCUAAUACCACGCAGUGUCCUCGCCAUGCACGCUCAAGACCCUCAGGUUCUGGAACAGCUCUCCAAAAACAUCACUCGAAUGGGUCUGACCAACUUUACGCUCAACUACCUCAGGCUGUGUGUAAUUCUGGAGCCAAUGCAGGAACUCAUGUCCCGACACAAGACAUAUAGCCUCAGUCCCAGAGACUGUCUGAAGACCUGUCUGUUUCAGAAAUGGCAGCGAAUGGUGGCACCUCCAGCGGGACAUCCACAGAACUUCAAAACCGAAAUCUUUCCAUCAAAUCAUAAAAAAGCAUGUUACAUACUGUUUCAACUUUUUUAUGAACUGGGGUAUGUGUGUGCAGAGCCCACCCGACAGACCACCACAAAAAGAAGAAAGAGAAAGAACUCAGCCAGCAGUGCAUCCAACAGCAGCCUCGGUAACAGCACAGGCAGCAAGAAACGCAGUCCGGCUAACAGCUUCAGCCUGAGCAGCCAGGUACCUGACGUGAUGGUAGUGGGCGAGCCUACUCUGAUGGGUGGCGAGUUCGGUGAUGAGGAUGAGCGGUUGAUCACACGGCUGGAGAACACGCAGUACGAUGCAACCAACGGCCUAGAUGAUGACGAUGACUUUACCAGCUCGCCGGCGCUCACCAAUAACAGCCCGUGGGCUAAAGCGGCACCACCAGUCCCGGACACCAAAACUGAGAGUGCAGCCUCGCAAGCCUCGCAGUGAAGAGACGGACAGUUGAUGGAGUAACUGGACUUUCUAACACUCUGUCUCGUUCUGACCUCAUUUUGAUCAGAUCUCA